UGGAAAUAUGAACCAAACUUACAGGAUUUCAGCUUAAUUUCCAGUAAAAAACAAUAUUUUUUUCUCUUUCUUUGAAUAUAUAAACAAAGGCCUUUUAUUUAGAUUUUCUCUCAUAUACCCAUCUCCUCGUUUCAUCACAAUUCUCUGAAAGAUCCCCAGUCAGCACCACUCUUUGAUGAUGAGUAACUUGUACAUGGAGAACUGGGAUUUGCAAGAAGUAGAUGGAGAAAGCAGCAAGAAUGCCUGUAUCUCUUACAUGGAAAGUCCAGCUUUCAGUUUCGAUCCUUGGAGUUUCCAACAGGAAGAAGAUCUCAUGAGUUUCCCAGAAAAUUUUGAACCCAGCCCGAAAGAUUUAGAUGGAUUAGAAGAGCUUUACAAGCCCUUUUAUCCUGAGUUCAAUCCAUAUUCAGUACCAGUCCUUGAAGAACAUGUGGAGGAACCUGAGAACCUGCAGCAAUAUGUUUCUCAGUCUGCUAAUAUUUCUGGUGCAAGUAAGGAGUACUCAGGCAAACCUAAAAGAUCCAGCCGGAAGAAUCAGAAAAAUAGAGUGGUGCAGCAUGUAACCGCUGAUGAUAUUCAAUCGGAUAGAUGGGCAUGGCGAAAAUAUGGGCAGAAACCCAUCAAGGGCUCACCAUAUCCAAGGAGCUAUUACAGGUGCAGCAGCUUAAAAGGAUGUUUAGCAAGAAAGCAAGUAGAGCGCAGCUGCUCGGAUCCCGGCAUCUUUAUCAUAUCAUACACCGGCGAGCACAGCCAUGGCCACCCGACUCGGCGAAACUCGCUUGCCGGAAGCACUCGCAAAAAGUCAUCAACAGUAGCAAAAAGCCUUGCCAGUAAAAUUGAACUCCAUGGGGCAGAAGAAACAGCUCUUUCUCCAACUACCAUUAAAGAUGAGCUUAUGAAACACGAGAUCAUAAAUAUGGAAGAACUAGAAAUGCCGAACAUAAUGUUGAGUGACGAAUUAGUUCAAAGCUUUGAGAAUUUCGAGUUCGAGGGUUUCUUUCUCGACCAGUUUCCAGAUUUGUCUCAUGAAGUAUGGUCCGAAUCUGCAACCUUAACCGGCGGUUGUUGAAU